GGCGGGUCAGGAAUCUGAGCAGCUCGUUAUGGACGCUGACCCACCUGACGGCGCUGCACAUCAACGACAACAACCUGACCCGCAUCCCACCGGACAUCGCCAAGCUGCCCCACCUGGUCUACCUGAAUCUGUCGUCCAAUAAGCUCCGCAGCCUGCCCGCCGAACUGGGCAACAUGGUUUCUCUCAGGGAAUUGCUUUUAAACAACAAUCUUUUACGAGUUCUGCCUUAUGAACUUGGGAGGCUGUUCCAGUUACAAACCCUCGGGCUAAAAGGAAACCCUUUGUCCCAAGACAUCCUCAAUCUGUACCAGGAGCCGGACGGAACCAGAAAGCUUUUGAACUACAUGCUCGACAAUCUAGCAGUCCACCCAGAGCAGCUCCCCCAAAGACCUUGGAUCACUCUGAAAGAGCGAGACCAAAUGAGUCCAACAGCCACUUUCACAGUCAUGUGUUACAACGUGCUGUGCGACAAAUACGCCACGCGCCAGCUGUACGGCUACUGCCCGUCCUGGGCUCUCAACUGGGAGUACAGGAAGAAAGGCAUCAUGGAGGAGAUCACCAGCUGUGACGCUGAUAUCAUCAGCCUGCAGGAGGUGGAGACGGAGCAGUACUACACCUUGUUUCUGGAGACGCUAAAGGAGCGCGGCUACGACGGGUACUUCUGUCCAAAGUCUCGAGCCAAGCUGGUGUCCGAACAGGAGAGGAAACACGUGGACGGCUGCGCUGUGUUCUUCAAGACCGAGAAGUUUACGAUGGUCCAGAAACACACAGUGGAGUUCAACCAGGUGGCCAUGGCCAACUCCGAGGGUUCAGAGGUCAUGCUGAACAGAGUGAUGACCAAAGACAACAUCGGGGUCGCCGUUCUGCUCGAGGUCAACAAGGACAUGUUCUCCGGCGGCAUGAAGCCGCCGCAGGACAGGCAGCUGGUCCUGGUGGCCAACGCCCACAUGCACUGGGACCCCGAGUACUCGGACGUCAAGUUGAUCCAAACCAUGAUGUUCCUGUCGGAGCUGAAGAGCAUCGCCGAGAGGGCCUCGGGCUCCAUGGCGACCGGCUCGCCGACCUCCGACGCAUCCUCCAUCCCCAUCGUCCUGUGCGCUGACCUCAACUCGCUGCCUGACUCCGGUGUGGUGGAAUACCUGAGCAACGGAGGCGUGGCCGAGAACCACAAGGACUUCAAGGAGCUGCGCUACAGCGAAUGUCUGACCAACUUCAACUGCAACGGCAAGAACGGCAACUCAGACGGAAGCAUCACACACAGUUUCCAGCUGAAGAGCGCCUACGACAGCAAUUUGAUGCCUUACACCAACUACACAUAUGACUUCAAGGGCGUGAUCGACUACAUCUUCUUCUCUAAGAACCACAUGAGCGUCCUGGGCCUGAUGGGACCGCUGGACAGCCAGUGGCUCGUGGAGAACAACAUCACCGGCUGCCCCCACCCCCACAUCCCCUCGGACCACUUCUCCCUGCUGGCCCAGCUGGAGCUGCACCCGCCCCUCCCCCACCCGCUCAACCCCCUCAACGGGCUGCACCUGCCGGUCCACAGGUAGUGCAGCCCGAGAGAGACGAGCGAGAAAUUGAGAGACCCCCCCCCUUCGCCCCUCCGCCACCGCCCGCCCUUUUUAUCACCCUCCCUUAUCUCCCACCCCCCAUCUUUUUAAACACUCAAACCCCCCCCCCCCCUUCUCCAGCUUUAUACAGGACCCUGUACAGUUUACCAAUCAUGUUAAAACUCAAGACACCAUCCGACCCCUCCCCACCUCACACCGCCACCACCACCACCCCUCGCCCCCCCAUCCCACCCUCAGACACACCCUCCCAAAAGGAGUGAAGUAUUCGCCUGUUGUUGCUCCUUUUUUUGUGUUUUUUGCAAACUGUAAUGUUUUAUUUUUUUUAUUUUUUUUCUCCCCUUCUCCCCUUUAAAAAAAGGCUUGAUACCAAAUGUUGGGCUUGGGAUGACGUUGCCACGGUAACCCCCCAGUGUCACAUGUUCUUGUUUUUGUUUUUUUUGCCUUAGACAUAUAUGAUCUUGACAGCUUGUAGAUUCUGCUCCUACAACAACAACAACAACAACAACAACAACAAAAACCCUAAACUAAAACUAUUAUUUUUUUUUCCUUUUAAGAUAAAUUUACAAACACAAAUUUCAGCUGAUUGGCUUUAUCUCUUUUUUUCUUUUUUUUUUGGUUUCUUCUCUCGUUUCACGUAGCUGUGAAAUCCUUUUUUUUUUUUAAAGUGAAAAAAGCGAUAUGAUAAAACACAUGAAUUAUUAAUGCUGCAGCACAACAUGUGUUUAAAGUCACGCAGUAUGACUCCCAAAUUAACUGACAUUGUAUUAUUUUUUAUUUUAAGGAGUAACACUACAAACAGCUGAAUCAUAUAUAAUGAAUGUUUGUUGGUUUACAUCACUAUUUUUUGUAAACUAAAUACUAUAUUUUCAAUUCUGCUCAGCCAAAAAAAAAAAAAUACACCAAAAUACUUAAAUUUUAUAAUUUGGAAGUCAAACAGAGGAAUAACCUGCCAUUUUUAAAGCUUAAAAAUGAUUGAUUGGUCUUUUUUUUUUUUAUGUGUAAGUUAACGUCAUUGAAACACUAAAUUUUGAUCUUGUUUCAAAUGCAAACUACGAUAUGAAAUCAUCUCAUGUCACAGCUGUGAGUCGUAUGAAUGUUUUGUCCACACAACAGCACUGAUAAUAUUGAUGAUGAUGCUUUGUUUUUUUCGGGUGCGGGGGGGGUUGGGGCGGGCUUUCAGAUUGACAUUUAUCUUGUAGAGAAUAUCGGAUUUUUUUUUUUCUGGAUCACAUUUCCUGAUGAUUUGGGGUUAUGUUGUUCAGUCUACUGUUUGAUUUUCUUUUAAAGUAACCUGAGAAGUGUCUCACCUGACUCAUCCGUUAAACUCGUUAAGCAGCAAAUCUUAACCUGAAAGUCUCCUCGCCUCGCCUCGCCACAUAGGUGUAACUGGGCUAUUGCAUUCACGUCUUCAUCUGUUUUUCCUCUAUAAUACGGGUCUCGUACCUCCUUUGCAGUAACUUCCUCUGAUCAUCCUUAAAUAUUUUACUUGCAGAUGUAUCGGCCGAUUCACGCUCAUUGUAGUUUAAAAGUUACGUUUUCUGCAGCCUUUGCAAAGUGUUAAAACAGUGAAUUAAAGCUACAUUAGUGCACAAAUCCUAAAUUUUUUUAUAAGCAUUGCAAUUAAAUUAGCUCAUUACUUAUUAAAAAGAAAAUUUUAAUAUAUAAAAAUAUAUUUGAAACAAAAUCCAGACAUUGACUGACAAUAAAUACAUUUUUAUCUUUUAUGAAGUCGUGCUUUCGAAACACCUGCAGUCUUAAAAGAAGAAAAAAAAAAGAGUAUUGUCAUGUUUUCCCAACUGGCCAAAGAAUCAGAAUCAGAGUAACUUAUGCUCCGUCGAUAUAAAGACGAUAUUUAUUUAUUAGCGGCAGAAAAUAUUUAGAGAGAAAAUAUAAAAAUCUGCUCAUGAUUUGUGACCCGGGAGUCGAAUGUAUUUACCGAAGGCUCACUUUAAAAUUGGUCGUCGCAGCCUCUUAAUGCCAAGAUUCCUGUGGAUUAAAACUUUGUAUAUUUGUCGUCAGAUGAUUAGAAACUAAUAGCCCUUUAUGUCAGUUGUAACUCAGGGCUAUGCUAUGCAUUCAAGCAGUACCUCUCAGAUGAAACACUCUCAAGAGUCGCAUCGUACAAGCAAAACCAAACAGGAAGCUAUCGUUCUGAAAAUCCUUUAUAAGCACAGGUAAUGUAUGUACUGACACGCAGUAUGUUGUCGUUAAUGUUGCAAGAGUCCUUCGUCGUUAGUGCAUUUUUGAUAAAAACUACUGCUGCACUUCACUUUUUGCUCCGUUCUUAGAAAGAGUAAUGAAAAAAGUCGUUGAGAUGAACUUUAAAAUGUAGUUAUUUUGGUUUUGCUGUACGGAUUGUGAGAAAGACUCAAGUAUCAAGUGUGGGGAUGGAUGGGUUUAAAUGAAUGCAGUCGUAGGGCUGGGUUUGAAAGUUUUCAGUACUACUGCCAGUAAAGAGAGACAUUUUAGGUUUGGAUACAAAUCUUCUUACUGAUCAUACUUUGAGAAAUAUAAAAAAGUUUAACAAAAGCUCUAAAAUGUCUGAAGACGAGCAGCCAAGAAUUUCAAUUAGUCAAAAAAUUAGCAAGUUUUCAAUUAAACAGCAGACAUUCGAUACCAGCUUUCAACAGUGGCAGUCUUUGACAUUUGGUGCUAUGGACACAUUUUUGGUCGGUGCCAAAAAAACAGUAUUGAGGUUCGACACCCAGCCCUAAAUAUGCAGGGUGCUUCACAUAUCUGACACGCUUCACACUCUAGUGUCCAGUAGAGCCCUGAUUUCUUUGAGAUUGAAUUAGUGUAUCAUAUUUAAAAGAAAAAGAAACAACUUAGCAUUUUUCUCUGUUCUAUAUUUGAACAAAAAAAAAAGCCAUAAUUUUUUUGGGAUGAAAGGUGUCAGCACAACCCGGCACCCUGUAACCUCAGCUUUAAAAACCGCAGUCGGAUCAGUCCGAACCGGGCCUGGACGGGGCAGUAUCGGCUUUGCUUCAUUUGCACAUGAUUUGACGCUAACGGAUACACCUCCAGUUUCGGUGGAGUUGAUCUUUCAUGUGAGCAGUCUGAGGGCCUAUACUUCACUCCUAAAA